AUGCUCACAUUGUUUACUUUGUUUCUAGGGCUCAUCACAAUAAAAGAAGCCCAUGAUAUAGAAGCCAGACUUAAUGAAGUGGAAAAGCUUCUGAAGACUAUUAUAAACAUGCCCUGGAAGUAUUCAAGAUCUGAAGUCGUCCUCACGUUCUUUGAGAGAUCUCCUUUGGACCAAGUUCUAAAAAAUGACAAUGUCCAUAAGAUUCAGCCAAGCUUUCAAAGUCCAGUUAAAAUAUCAGAAAUCAUGCGAUCAAAUGGAUUUUGUUUAGCCAACACUGAAACAAUAGUCAUUGACCACAGUAUACCCAACGGAAAAGAGAAGCACAUGGAUGUAGAUUCAGCAGAACACUUGUUUGAAAGUGUUAGUGACUUUACCUCAGAACUAGAAGACAGUGAUGAUCCAACAGCUUAUGUCACCAAUUUGACAUACUACCACCUGGUCCCAUUUGAGACUGAUAUUCUGGACUGAGGCUGCUCAGUAAUGCAGUCAGCCAGCAUCCAGCCAACCUCUUUGUCCAUAGGCUCUGCUAUCUCUGGCAUUGCAUCUCUGUGAAUAAGGCUGUGCGGACAAGACCAACAGCGGAGAAGUUGCAGCAGGUAGGCCACAAAGCUGGUUUUGCAGUCUGGCCCUCCGUUGUGUGUUAUGGAGACAUCUUGUAAGGACGUAACUGCUUCGCUGUUGACAACACUCGUUUUCCAUGAAAGCAAGGCAGCAGAGGCAUCUUGGGGCUCAAGGAAAUCUCUGCUAUGUCCGUGGGAAUUGCCACUCCAACGCAGCCAUCGGAAACUUGUGCUGCAGUACACUGUCACCCAUGCUCCUUGGCUUGCAGUGCAAAUUGAGGCUUCCUCUUUUAGGAUACCAUCAGAAACUUCCCCAGAUGGCGUGACCACACUUUUUAUGCUACGUAAGCAAGAAGGUGAGCAAACCAGCUGAAUUUUGUCAGUUCCCUCUGCUGUUGCUUAACGGAGGUCUUGCGGGUCACUUUUUGCUCAGCUACCGGAGCCUUACACAAGAUGUCAGAAAUACCAUUGAGUGCCUCCAGGAAACAGAACACAUGAGCUGACCGCUUUACUUCUUUUAAUCACGGGUUUUAUAUAAUCACUGAAGAGGCUCUUUCCUGGAAUAGUAAAGCAGACAGCAGCUGGCAUUGCAAUGGACUGUGUAUGAUGUUCGGGUACCUGUAUGAUUUCAGAGGUCUGGAAAGCUGAUGGGAAAGCUGAGCUGCCAAGCCUAAGAAGGCUCAAGGCUAUGGCAGGCACUUGGAUAUGAUUUUUUUUCAUGUGGACCAGCAAACGUGAAUGGUGCUUACAGUUGUUUAUAUCAGAGGGAUAAUUCCCUAUGCAUAUUUCUCCCCAGAGGAUGGGGAGGAAGACAAUGAGAUUUAUGUUGUGUUUGGACUGAAAAAGAAUGAUAAGCUACAGUGUGUCUACAGUGGUAGGAAAAACUAGCUCUCUCCACUGCCGGCCUGGCUCAAGGAGUCUGUCUAGCUUUCUGAGAUCUGCCUGCGGGGCUGGGUGCAGGCCUCGUUGUCAUGUAAUGCCAUGGAUUUCAGUGGAGGUAGGACAGUGGGAGCAAGAGAGGGAUUGGACCCUGCAGCCUCUUGACUACUGGGUAGCGCAACGUUAAAAUCUCCUUGGGGCCUCUCUCUUGCGGAGCGCUCCAAAAUCCCGGCUCUCACUGUGAGUGCUCAACACUCGCCAACGUGACCUUUCAUUGAGCUUUUUGCGAUCUGUUUGCCAACAUGAAUUUGAAGGGAUCGAAAUGAGAAGGAAUGCAUUUUGGACUUGUUUCUUGGUAAAGGGGCGUGCUUGGUCCUGGAGAAGUUGAUACAACUCCCUUCUGCAGACUUUUCAUUUCUAUCUAUAGAAUAACAGUCAAACAGAAUUUGCUAAUGUAAAUAAUAAAUUAUUGAGAAUCCUAAUUCUUUUACACAGUAUGUUUUUAAAAUAUAUUUUAAUGAAAUAAAAUAUAACUCACCUUCAGUAC